GCCAGGAAAAGUCGCGGGGCGGGAUUCUGGUGCCCGGCGGCGGAGGUGGUAGCGGCUGCCGCCUGCUUCCUGCUCUCUCCAGGGCGCACGGACGCGGUCCUCCCAAGCCGGGGUGAAGCUCCCAGAGCGGAGCGUGCCCUCCUCCCCCGCCACGAGUGGGCGUCGGGGCCAGUCUCCUUGGCCGCCGAACGAGCGCUCCCUUUGGCUCCAGGACGCCUCCCCGCCCGGGCAGGGCUGGCGCACGGCGGGCUCUCCAAACCCUUCCCUGCGGGCAAUCUCCUCUUACGCACGGCCGCCCCUCCUUGACCCGCCGCCAGGAACUUCCCGGGGCGCUGGGGAUCCCCGAGCCAGACUUCUGGGGCGCCCCACCCGCGGGAGCACAGACACCGCCCGCCUCCUUCCAGUUGGCCGCUCGGCGGGCUUCCCAGUCCCGACGCCACCAGGCAGGCGCCCCCGCGGGCAGAUGGAGAAGCUGAAGCCGCGGGCGCUGCUGGAGCAGCAGCCGCCUUUGCGAGCAGCCCGCUGCAACGGGUACGCUCCGGCCGAGAAGCAGCAGCCGCCGCCGCCGCCUCCACAGCCGGCAGCGGCGCCGCUAGCGAGCCGUGCUGGGGAUGCACCCCGCUGCUUCCCCAAGCCUGGCCCGGUCGGCGGCGGCGGCAGCGGCAGAAGCAGCGGGCACCCUUUGGAGAGCUGGAAAGAAGAGCGCACCCGCAGCGAGGAGGACAACGAGAUGAACCUGCCCAGCCUGGCCGCCGCCUACACCACCAUCCUGUGUGCCUUGGGCGAGGACCCCCAGCGCCAGGGGCUGCUCAAGACCCCCUGGAGGGCGGCCACCGCCAUGCAGUUCUUCACCAAAGGCUACCAGGAGACCAUCACAGAUGUACUAAACGAUGCCAUAUUUGAUGAAGACCAUGAUGAAAUGGUGAUCGUGAAGGACAUAGACAUGUUCUCCAUGUGCGAACAUCACCUGGUACCAUUUGUUGGAAAGGAAGGACAGAAAAAUGGAAAGUGCACAUUGGUUACCUUCCUAACAAACAAGUCCUUGGACUCAGCAAGCUUGCCAGGAUUGUGGAAAUAUACAGCAGAAGAUUACAAGUUCAGGAGCGCCUUACAAAACAAAUCGCAGUUGCCAUCACAGAAGCCUUACAGCCUGCUGGGGUUGGUGUGGUUGUUGAAGCGACACACAUGUGUAUGGUGAUGAGAGGUGUGCAGAAAAUGAACAGUAAAACCGUAACCAGCACGAUGCUAGGAGUGUUCCGGGAAGACCCAAAGACACGGGAAGAGUUCUUGACGCUCAUCCGUAGCUAAAACUGUGCCAUUCCUCACUGGAUUCCUUUUGUCUGAUGUUGCGGUUCGUCCUUUGCUGCUUGUUCAAUGUCUUUUUCUUUUUAAAGUAACUGCAAUUUGAAAUUAUCUGUUUUAGUUAUCAGUUCUGUAAAAGACUCUUUUUAUGGCAGAACACACACAUACUUUUUUUUUUUGCUACAAUCAUUCUUCAUGUCAGAGGUUCUAAUAGUCUUGGAAAUGUUUGUAUCUAUGUUCUAGGAGACCUAAAAUGUGUUCAGGGCAGAUUUUCACAUGGUGGGUGGGCGUUGUGCAGGUUAGCAGACUUUUAAAAGAACAUUGGGGUAAUCCGUAGUAGCAGGGAACUGGCCUUUUUCACAGCUGCUGCGCACUGAGUUGACACUUUCAACGAGCUCUCCACCACGACCCCAAGAUCCCUUUCCUGGUCAGUCACUGACAGCUCAGACCCCAAUGUGAAGUUGGGUUUUUUUUGCUCCAAUAUGCAUCACUUUACAAACUUGCUUACAUUGACCUGCUUUUGCCAUUUUGUCGCCCACUCACCCAUUUUGCAAAGAUUCUUUUGGAGCUCCUCACAAUCUGUUGUGGAUCUCAUUACCCUAAAUCAGGGAUUCUCAACGUUGGGUCCCCAGAUGUUGUUGGACUUCAACUCCCAUAAUCCCCAGACCCAGUGGCCUUUGGUUGGGGAUUAUGGGAGCUGAACUCCAAUAACAUCUGGGAACCCAACAUUGAGAAUCCCUGCCCUAGUUGAAUGUUGUUUGCAAAUUUGGCCACUUCACUGCUUGCCCGAACUUCUAGAUCAUUUAUGUUAAAAAAACACUGGUCCAAGUACAGAUCCCUGGGGGACCCCCCUUCUUACUCUCCUCCAUUGUGAAAACUGCCCGUUUAUUGCUACCCUCUGUUUCCUGUCCUUCAACCACUUACCAAUCCACAGAUGAUCUUGCCCACUUAUUCCAUGACUGCUAAGUUUGUUCAAGAGCCUUUGAUGAGGAACUUGGUCAAAAGGUUUUUCAGGUAUACUGUGUCGACCGGAUCACCUUUAUCCACAUGCCUGUUGACACUCUCAAAGAACUCCAAACGGUUAGUGAGGGAAGACUAUCCCUUGCAGAAGCCAUGCUGGUUCUCCUUCAACAAGGCCUGUUCUUCUAUGUGUUCAACAAUUUUGUCCUUACGUAUGCUUUCCAUCAAUUUACCGGCACCAAAGUUAAGCUGACCAGCCUGUAAUUUCCCAGAUCCCCCCCCGGAUCCCUUCUUGAAAAUUGGAGUCACAUCGGCUACUUUCCAGGUCUCUGGUACAGAGCCUGAUUGUAGGGACAAGUUACAUAUUUUUGCUAGGAGAUUAGCAAUUUCACAUUUGAGUUAACCUGGCAUGUUUUACAAGGGAAUUACUAUUGGGGUGAUACAAGCAGGGAACAUGCAGCCACCCUUGGAGACCCGUUUAAAUUUGUCAUUCUUUGAGAGUUGUGUUUGCUACGCUCUUUAGGCUCUCCUGUGACCACAGUUCUGAAGGGCACCUGAUGCACUGUAUUUAUUUAUUUUUACUACAACUUGGUGCCAAUUUCAGUUUACAGCUAACCUGUGAGUCCUGCAUUUAAUGUGUGCAUUGGCUGUUUGACAUUACUGGUGAAAGGGGAAAUGAUUUUAAAUGUGCCAGUUAACAAAGUAAGAGAUGGUUUGCAUAAUCUGUGCAACUUGCACGCAUCCAACAUUACUGGGCUGACAGACCCUUGUGUGGUCUGUCAGCCAUUAUCAGGAAACACCUCCAGGUCUCUCUAGUCCAAGUCUAACAGUCUUUCCACUACAAGCCUCUAGCUCUCUUUACCAAUGUAGUGUAGUGUUUAAAAGCUCCAAGUAGCACUUUAGCUAAAAUGUGGAGAGGUCAAUCUGUUUUUGCACAUUUCCUUGAAAGUGUAAUGGACACACCAUGCUUUGCUUAAAGGUGGAGGCAAUCGUGGAGAUCUCAUGCAUUUCAUUCAGGACAGAGUUUGUACCCUCACUGAACAACCUCUCUUUGUUCAUUGUUUUGCUGUGCUUGAUGGUCCUUCUGACAUACCUCUUACUUGGUACUCGGAUGGAGCCUUCUGGUGCCACUCUCCUGCGCAAGCUCUACGGGAGUGAAGAGGAGACACACAGGAGCCCACCAUUGGGAUCUUGCAACUCCCAUUCAUUUCCGCCGAGCAGAGCAAAAGGAAGUCCCAGAGGCUUGUGUCCUUUGUGGCCUUAGACCUUGUUCAGAUACUUUGUAUGGCUUGGUGAAUAAUAUUUAUGACUUUUCCUCUUGUGAAAAUCUUGUAACUUGAUUCUUAAUGACCUUUACUGUGCCCGGGGGGUAUCCUAAAAGCACACACAGUCUGUCAAUGUGUUCUCCCCCUGAAAAAUGUGGAUCUGUUUAAAAUAUUAAAAUAUAUUAUUGGUCA